UAUGGCUUCCUUACUAGUGUGGGUAGUGCUGCUGGCCAGCUCCCUCCUCCAGCCGGGCUCUGCACUUAUCAGGAUUCCAUUAAAGAAAUUCCCCUCUAUCCGGCACACUUUUACCGAAGCUGGUAAGGAUGUGAAGGAGCUACUGGCAAAUGAGGUGCCUUUGAAAUAUUCCCCUGGCUUUCCCCCAAGUGGGGAGCCCACACCUGAGGCCCUAAAGAAUUACUUGGAUGCUCAGUACUAUGGCGAGAUUGGCCUCGGCUCCCCCCCUCAAAACUUCACUGUUGUGUUUGACACGGGAUCCUCCAACCUCUGGGUGCCUUCCGUCCACUGCUCUAUGCUAGAUAUUGCUUGCUGGAUGCACCAUAAGUACGAUUCUUCCAAAUCCUCCACCUACGUGAAGAAUGGCACAGCGUUUGCUAUCCAGUAUGGCACUGGGAGCCUCUCUGGAUAUCUGAGUAAAGACACUGUAACGAUCGGAAACCUGGCCGUAAAAGGGCAGAUUUUUGGAGAAGCUGUAAAGCAGCCGGGGGUCACCUUCGUAGCUGCCAAGUUCGACGGCAUCUUGGGCAUGGCGUACCCCGUAAUCUCUGUGGACGGUGUCCCCCCUGUGUUUGACAACAUCAUGGCUCAAAAGCUGGUGGAGUCCAACAUCUUCUCUUUUUACUUGAACCGAAAUCCAGACACUCAGCCUGGAGGGGAGUUGCUGCUAGGAGGCACAGACCCCAAGUACUACACUGGAGAUUUCCACUACCUCAGCGUGACUCGCAAGGCCUACUGGCAGAUUCACAUGGACCAGUUGGGCGUUGGGGAUCAGCUCACCCUAUGCAAGGGCGGCUGUGAGGUCAUUGUUGACACCGGGACAUCACUGAUCACUGGUCCUUUGGAGGAAGUGACAGCCCUACAGAAAGCUAUUGGUGCCGUCCCAUUAAUCCAGGGACAGUAUAUGGUGCAGUGUGAUAAGGUCCCCACAUUGCCGGUUAUCAGCCUGACACUAGGAGGACAGGUUUACACCCUGACAGGAGAACAGUAUAUAAUGAAGGUAUCCCAGCGGGGCAGUACCAUCUGCCUCAGUGGCUUCAUGGGUCUUAACAUCCCUCCUCCAGCCGGACCCCUUUGGAUACUUGGAGACGUUUUCAUUGGCCAGUAUUACAGCGUUUUUGAUCGAGCUAAUGACUGUGUUGGAUUUGCUAAGGCUAAGUGAUAUCCCCGUCACCAAGAAUAAUGAUAUGAGAGCAAUAGUUAACUCCUGCCAGACUACUGCAAUUAUUAACCUGUUCCACUGACUACAGAGCCCUCACGCGCGGGUCCUGCCAGCCACCAGGUUUUUAGGUUUUAUUGAUCACCCUUACGCACAAAAUCUGCUUGAUUAACCCUGAGGGCAAGGCACUGCUCUGAUACUUGUGUUGUGUAGGAAUCAUAGGAAGUCUUAGCCAACGAGCUAUUGCUCAGUCAAGUGCUUCCUGCACUGAAAUAUUUAACCCCUACGUUCCAAAAAGUCUCAGAUCAAUGCAUCCUAGCUGCUCCGGCAGAGAAGGACCUGUGACAGGAGCCAGAUGGUUUGACCAGUACACAGUAGGCAAGAUCAUCAGACAAGGCUCAUUGGUACUUGUUUAAUGUAAAGGGCAAGUAAUCACUAAAUUCCUCUAGUGUUGGGUAAGGGCUAGUGUGGGUCGACCCUACUCUAACCCGUCUGCUCUCAACCCACACCCCACCUAGGAAGGCAGCUGUAUUUAUAGACCUGUGUCGACCCGAAUAUGCUGCGGGGGUUGGCCCAUUUACGGGUCAACCUCCUCUCUGCUGCAUGUAAGUAAAAGCUGGACUUUUAAGGCUAUCCUAACCAGGCCUGGACUGGGAAUCAAAAUAGGCCCUGGCAUUUCAAGUACGCAGAGGCCCAAACAGCCCCACAAACUCUCACCAUGUGUUGCUUCCCCUUGACAUAAAUAGGAAUGGCGCAAGUCACCUUGAGGUUAUUGCAACAGGGCAUUUUCAGGGAAUAAGCUCUGGUCCUUGCCUGCUGCUAUUAAUGUGAAACUGCCCAUAGCGAAUAGAGGGCGCUACUAGUAGCAGCUUUCAAAUCAGCCCAUGUGCUCCCGGCCCUAAAGUGGCCAUAAACGUUAGGGGAGGUUGCCAAACGAGUGGAUCUUUACCCAAUGUGCCCACCUAAGGUGGGAGAUAUUGGGCUAAUUCGAUCAUUUGGCCUUAGGCCAAAACAAUCAAAUUAAACAGCAGGUAUGUGGGCCGUCGGAGCGAGGACUUCAUCAACAAGCUGAUGUAGUCCCUGAUUCGAGGUGAAAAUCAAACCUGCCUGAUAUCGGGGAGGUAGGCCCGUCGGGGGUGCACAUACUUGGGCAGAUAAGUGGCUCAAUCAGUCUGAAGGACCCAAAUCAGCUGAAAUCUGCCCGUGUAUGUGCGCCUUUAGGUCUAAGAACUAGUAAUGUAGCCGGGUUAUCAAAUGACUGGUCAGAACUAAAGCAAGGAGGCAAACGCUGUCUGACACAUGAGAAACUGGAGUUAAAAUGUCAGGAUACUGGCUACUUGCCCUUUAACUGAAAGAUUAUGUAAUGACUUUUAGACAUGCUAAAUUAUUUUGUAUCUGGAAAUAAUAUCCUGUUAACCCUGCCCCCCUUUCCAAAGUGUGAGAUAUCUGAUGGGAACUUCCAAUAAAGAGUGAAAUAAGAGA